AUGCCGGCGAAAGCGACUGGCUUUGCCGGCCUGCCUGCGGGCAACGUCACCACGUUCACCAUUGAUCUCGACUCGCCGCCCGAGGACCAUUUCAAGGCCGUGACCGAGGCGUACAAGGAGCAGAUCGGGGCGCUGCUGGCGUUCAUUGCGCAAGCCAUUCCGAGCAAGUAUGUGCCGCUGGCGGAAAAGGUGGCGGCCGAUGUCGAGUUUGUCUUUGGCGCCGAGGUUGCGGGCGAGCUCCGCGGCAUGGCGGCGACGUCGGGCUACUCGCUCGGCGAGAUCACCCUGCUCAACGUGCUGUACGAGUUGACUGCAUACUGCACCUCCAUCGUGACUAAGACUGCCGACGGCCGCCUUGUUCACGCUCGCAACCUUGACUACGGCCUCUCGCCGGCGCUGGCCAACGUUACCUACCACGCCGUCUUUGUCCGCGGCAACACGACGGUGUUUGAGGCGACUACCUUUGCCGGCUUUGCCGGUGUCCUCACCGGCAUGUCCAAGACCAUCUCGGUCACCGUCGACGAGCGUGACCAGGGCUUCCCGUGGGAGAACGCCUUUGCUGCGCUGUUUGAGGGCGGCAAGGCCGUGACUUUUCUCAUCCGCGAGCUGCUCGAGUCGGCGAGCCCCGUUGCCUAUGAUGCGGCGGUGACAACGCUAUCGCGCACUCCGCUCAUUGCGCCGUCGUACGUCAUUGUCGGAGGCGGUACCGAAAACGACGGCACCAUCAUCGCCCGUAACCGCUACGACGCCGCGGGCUAUCUUGAGCUGCAACCGCUCUCGGCCACACCGUGGAUUGUCGUCACCAACUACGACAUGUGGAAGCCUGACAACCCCAAGGAUCCACGCCGGACGUACGCGCUUGAGCAUCUCUCUGCCAUCGGCGCCGCCCAUCUCACCCCGAUGGCUCUCCUCGAUGUCAUCGCCACCCCUCCGGUCCUCAACCACAAGACCGUGUACUCGAUCGUCGCCUGUGUCGGCACCCAAGAGUAUGUCUCGUAUCUCCGCGCGUGAUCGGUGUCUCCCGCCUCCAUCGCAUUCCUCUACUCUCUGCCAGGCUUUGUUGCCCUGCUGCAGAACUGUCCGCCGCAACGUCCGCGAUCGCGA